AGGCAAGGGUGCGGGUGACUGGAGAUGUGAAAGCCACCUGAUAGGAUGCUCGGACUCCCCUCUCUGCACGGCACAAGCUCUCCUCGCCUGCUGAUAGUGGGAGCAACUCUGCAAGGCUUUGCUCUGCUUACCAGACUGCAGAGUCGGCUGCAAAUGCAAAACUGAAAUCCAUCUUCGCACCAGGUGCUUACCGUCCAAGGGGCUCCUGUGUCUUCUUGUUGCCUGUUUCUGGGUUUUCCCAAACCUCUCUUCUCAAAAGGAAGGUCUGCUCUGCUUCCAGCAAUGCAUCCUGAGAGGUGGCUGUCGCGGUCGUACCCUGCUUUUGGUGUGUGGGCAUUCGUGCUCACAUCCUUGAUUAAAGAUGCCGCAGCCUGCGAAUCAGAGGAACGGCUAUUUCAUAAACUCUUCACUCACUACAACCAGUUCAUCAGGCCAGUGGAAAACGUGUCUGAUCCUGUCACAGUGCAUUUCGAAGUGGCCAUUACCCAGCUUACAAAUGUGGAUGAAGUCAAUCAGAUCAUGGAAACCAAUCUGUGGCUUAGACAUAUUUGGAAUGACUACAAAUUGCGAUGGGAUCCCAGAGAAUACGAUGGAAUUGAAUUUGUUCGGGUACCCGCAGAUAAAAUUUGGAAACCAGAUAUUGUCUUAUACAAUAAUGCUGUGGGGGAUUUUCAAGUUGAAGGCAAGACCAAGGCCCUCCUUCGCUAUGAUGGAAUGAUCACCUGGACCCCACCAGCUAUUUUUAAAAGCUCCUGUCCUAUGGAUAUUACCUUUUUUCCAUUUGAUCAUCAGAACUGUUCAUUGAAAUUUGGCUCAUGGACCUAUGACAAAGCCAAAAUCGAUCUUCUGAUCAUUGGCUCCAAAGUAGACAUGAAUGACUUCUGGGAAAAUAGCGAGUGGGAAAUAAUUGAUGCUUCUGGCUACAAACAUGACAUCAAAUACAACUGCUGUGAAGAGAUCUACACAGACAUAACAUAUUCUUUUUAUAUUCGAAGGCUGCCAAUGUUUUACACCAUAAACCUGAUCAUUCCCUGUCUCUUCAUCUCAUUCCUUACAGUGCUGGUUUUUUACCUGCCAUCUGACUGUGGCGAGAAGGUGACUCUUUGCAUCUCUGUGCUGCUUUCUUUGACUGUAUUUUUACUGGUGAUCACAGAAACAAUCCCAUCCACCUCUUUGGUAAUACCCCUCGUAGGUGAAUAUUUGCUCUUCACUAUGAUAUUUGUGACGCUAUCAAUUGUCAUCACUGUGUUUGUCCUGAAUAUACAUUACAGAACCCCAACCACACACACAAUGCCCAAAUGGGUAAAAAACGUCUUUCUUAGCCUGCUCCCCAAAGUGCUGUUGAUGCAGCGGCCUCUGGAACAGCAGAAAAAAAGCAUCUCCAGAAAGACCAAGAAAGGCUCAGCCAAUGCCUCAGGCAAACCAAAGCACAGCAAACACAAAGAUACCAAACUACACAAGGAGCAGCAGUGCUGUCACUGUGAUAAAGCGGCUGAACUCGCUGCCACCAGAAGAAGACGACUGAGCCACCAGUCCUUGAAGUGGGUGGCAGAGCACACGGAGUACUCCCCAGAAGUGAAGGAUGUCAUUAGCAGCGUUCAGUUCAUCGCAGAUAACAUGAGGUCUCAAAAUGAAACCAAAGAGUUUGGAACUGUCCCAAAAUUUCCCUCCACUUACAUCACUCCUUUGCUCAGCCCCUUCUCGGCACCCAGCCCCAGUGGGGAGGAGAGAAGCAAAGAGUCCUUUGUGCAAGCAGCAGCCCAAAGCAGAAUGAGAAAAGGGCUGGAAAUGGGAGACGACCGUGUGGUCUUACUAAGGCAGAAAGGGUGGGAUUUUUGGAGUGCCUGCCUGUCUUUUUCUCAGUGAGGUCAGCAAGAGCAAUUGCACUGAGGACCACAGAAGCAGGCUGAAGUUAUUGAGUUUCUCCCUUGGCCUUGGGGCAGGGGGCCAUCAGGACAGUUCAGGCACUUCUGAGUGCAUUACCCAAAGAGUAAUGGCUCUACCCGACUUCACUGUUCUCCCCUGAUCACAACUCUUCCUCAGCACUGACUUAAUUUAUGUUUCCCCUGUAUUUGUUCCCUUGUACGAUGCCUAGUCCCCAGCAUGGCACUUAGGUGACAUACCACGGUCAUACUGACUGGACAGAUGUUCUUCAUUGUGAUCCUGUGACAGAGCAGACAAAAAUCUAAAUAAAAGUACAGUCACAUCAAUCCCUCUCAAGGACUUUGACUAGAAUCUAAAAUAAGGGCUUCCCAUCUUCUGCAAUGCAAGUACAAAAUGAGGGUCUGAGAUCCACAACACACGUGCUUAGGUUUAUGCUUGAAGUCAGAGAGGUCCUAAGCACCUAUUUGUAGUUGAAGAAAGACCUGCUUGACAUUCUGCACUGUGUGCAGCCUUUCUGACAACAUUUAGAUCAUCCUAGAGCCACCACAGAGGAAUAACCUGGAUGCACUAACAGAAAAGACCUGAGAUAUUUGGGGUUUACAAAGUAAUGCAUUGUCAUUUGAAAUCUACGACUCUAAGAGUGUUGAAAACUAGCUCACCUGCUGCUUACCUCUGUAAGUGACCAAAGUCCUCUGUAUUUCCUGGUACUGAAUAUCAAAUCCCGUGGUGAGCACCAGCAGGGUUUACAAGCCACAUUUCUUUCAUCAGCUUAACAGUGGUCCCAGUCCACGGGGUCUGCUCUGAAAACUCAUGUAUGCUCAGGUUCAGACACAAGCCCUCUAGGGAAGCAUUUGUCCCCUGGUAGCUACUCAUCACAGGCAGAAAUGGCAGAUUUCUGCCAAAAGGCAGAUUUCCCUUUGCCAGCCCCUCACAGGUCAGUCUUAUGUGGGUGAACCUGCUCUGCAGCUCCAGGGACACUUCUCUGGGGCUGGGGCUUCCCCUGUGUAACCAGGUACCAGUCCCAGUGCGCCUCAUCCUGAAACAUGGUGUAGCUGUGCACCUUGUGUGGUUUCUAAAUUUUGUGGACAAUUUACCAUUGGGUCCCUUCUCUACUUUGAUUCCUGCUGGUUGUGCACAGAAGGUUUCUUCUCUAAGUGGCAUCAUUCCCAUCCAAGCCAAUGGGACUGAAAUAUACAGCAGAGGUAAUGGUGCAAUGACAAGGAUGUAUCUGUCUCAGUCCAAUAUUUGAAAUA